ACCUGGCACAUUUUUUGUAGGUUGUACACAGGAAAAUAAGGUCUUUCGAAUAACUUAAAAAACAUUCUAGGUUGCUAUUUGUAAAGUUCGAUGCCGUUGCGGCAUUUUUUUCAAAAAUCCCACCCGUUAUGUUUCGUUUCCGUAUGCCUAACAGACAUUAUCUCAAAGUUGAACAAAAUCCGUCCAGCCUUUAUCUCGGAAAAUUUCCAACGCAUGUAUUUGUACCUACAUGUAUACACACACACACCCUCUCUCACACAUAUACUUACCUCUACAUACAGACGGGAAAAAAAUUCUUUAAAAGUUGCUUAAAAUAGUGUAAACUCUAAAACGUCGACAUCUGAUGAAAUAUUAACCAAACGGCGAUGGCAAUACCCAGCUAGCUCCCGCUAGGAAGUUAAUGAUGGAAUUGGGAAAACUAGGUUACCGUCUUCAAAAGAGAAAAUACGGCGCAAUUUUUUUAAUCAUAUCACACUGUAGCUCAUUCAGGUUGUUGACAUUUACAGACUACUUCGAACAACACGCAAAAUGUCGCAAUUUGGUACGUAAAACGUUUAUCAAGUUUUCCAAUUAAGUAUCGUACUUGAGAGAACGAGAAAAGUACUAUUACGAACCGAUAACGCAGAAAUGGUAAUGACUUGAGCGAAAAAGCGUGUAAAAGGACGAAAACGGUCAGUCCCUCAGCGAAUAUCAGUUAAAUUUUUAAAAACGAAUUUAAAUAUAUUUUUAUUUAAAUGCAAUUAUCCUAAAAGAGGGAAUUUCCAUAUUAUCCUUGCCUAGCAUAUAUUUACGUCAGCGAACUUUCCACUUAGAGCGCAGCUACUUGCUAUAAAUUAAGAGACUUUCGAUUACGAAGCUUUUUUAAUGGGAUAAAUCGUCUCAUCCCCCGAUUGGUUACAAAUCACCUAUUGCAGGAAAAAUCUCAACUCAAUAAGGAGUCAAUAUGAGUGAUACACUAACUAAACUCCCGGAAUCGAGAUUCCUCCUGAUAGAAUUCGUGAUCGGAAUUUGUAGGAUAGGCACAAGUCGUAGAUUCGAUUCUCAAAAAGGAAGGAACGUCGACCUAAAUUAAAACGCAAGCUUGGAAGUAAGUUGCGAAGGGAGAGAAAAAAGGUCUCGUUUUACUUAAAUUAACGUCCCUAUUCUGAUGUUUAUGAAUAAGAACAUCAUAAAGCAUUACUCGCAAGAGAGUCAUACCAAGCCGCACAACGACCAUAGUAAAGUUUUGUGAGUGAAAUAAUCAACAGAGAACAGAGGAGAAAAUUAGCAUUUUGUAGUAGGUGGCGGUUUCGUUGCUUUUCUUUGAAUAAAUGACGAUAACGUUGUUAUUGUUGGAGAUAUGAUAGGAAUUUAUGAGAGAGUAAAUAAACUUUGGAGUGGAAAAAUAAUAGGAGGGUGCGUAGAUAAGUUACGAUGUUAGAUACAUUGGAACGGUAUUAAUCUGCACCCUGCCUUCUGAAACGAAUUGAUUCACAAACCGAAUCGUCAAAACAAUUUUUCACACGGUGGCCCUAUAUUAAUCAAUUCGUAAAAUUCCGCAUUCUUCUUAAUUGAUAAAUUACGUCUACCUUACGUAUCCACUUCUUAACGUUUGAGAUUUAUUGAACGCUUGUUAUUAGUUCAAACGCUCAAAACCCAUUUAUUUUCAACAGAGAAAAUUUUGAUGGAUAGUCGUUCAAUUGAUUCAUUCCGCGUCACUUCCAAAACCUUCAUUAGUAAUUUUAACGAUAUGUACCAAAAAGUAGGAAAACGAGGAAAAGGAGACAAAAGAAUGCACACCCUUAUUAGGUAUACUGACUUCAUUCUGAUUCAAAUAUAUGCAAAAAAUGAAUAAAAUUUAUUAAGCUUUGAAACUCCAAUUUUAUCUUUUGAAAAAUUAUCCACUUACAUGUAUAGCAAUCGCCAAUUGCAGGGGUUGUACCUUUCCGGGUAGGUACACGGAAUAUUUUUAUUUCCUUGAUAGAUUAUGUUUAAAUCGUCUAUAAGCAACCCUUAAAUUGUAUUCUAAAAACAAAACCCAAUUCUGAUUUCAAAUUAUGUAAUCUUUUAGAAAAUAUACAAGUGCGCAGCAAUUUUCAAUUUUGUGACGUUUAUGACACACCAAAUAUUUUUAUUUCUUUGAUGGAUCAUGUUUAACUUAUCUAUAAGCAAACAUCCAUUUAGAUUGAUUAAAAGACUAUAAUUUUUUAUUCAAUGACUACAUGAAAACUGGAGAAAAUGGACGCGUUAUAGACUAUAACAAUAACACUAUACACUAUAGUUUUCUUUGAGUUUUGGCUAAAAUAACAAAUUAUUCAAUUUUGAAGAGUUGCCUGGAAAAUAAUAGUAUUAAUAGUCAAACGUCUUAGGAAUGUACAAGGUUUCAGAAUCAGGAAUGAAUGGUUUUGACAGUGUUCACGGCUAAAAACGUAAUUAAAUGAAUUUUACUAAAUUUAAAAUCCUAUUUGAGAUCAGCUCAGAAUUCUGCAAAUUUAACUUGUUUGUUGUUUAUACCAAUUGUAUCUUAUUUAAUUUUAUUAUGAACUAAGCGUGUUUAUUGUUUUUAGUUUAUUAGAGUUAAGGUAACGCCACCAACAUGUCGUAUUCUGAUCAUAUUUUGAUGUUCCAAUAUUUUCAUUUACCACUAAGUUAGUUCUUAAUUUCACGAAAACUAAAGUAAUGAUUUAAUCUUAAACAGUAGAUGAAGAUUCGGUUAGCAUCUUUCGCUUAUGAUGUAACAAAUUACUAUUGUUAAGGCGAUAUUAAUUAUAAAGGACGUAAUCCGGUGAGUUCGCAUUUAAAAUUUAGAGCUCGAAAACAAAAAAAUAAAAAAGCUUUAUACACUGCGACCUUUUUUUAAAGUUUAUGCUAAUCCUUAAUUAUAAUCGCGUAACCAUUUUACGAGCUUAUUUUUUAUCACGUACAUUUUCCGUACGAUAAACAACACCCCCUUCUUAACAAACACUAAUUGUUGUUGAUGACUAUCGUAGUUGGCACUAAUGGGGUUUGUCUCGGUUCCUUGUUCGUGUAUCUGACUUGAAAGCGUAAAAUUGUAGUAAAAGGGUUGAUUUUAAUACAAAAGGUCGAUCUAUCUAGUGGGUUGGAAUUAUGAGGGAGGCGAUUUUUACGUUUAAAUAAAAAUAAAUUUCGCGCGGGUCUUCUUCGGUCGAAUAAACCUUAUUUAGUGAACACCGCUUUCGGUUUUAACGUUCAUAGCUAUAGAUAUGUAAAUAAUUACCUACAAUUGGUCCAAAAUAAAUACAUCGACCGGAUAUAAAACAAAGAGCGUGCCACAAGCCGGAUAUACCUACGACCUAUGCGGCUACUAUUCAUGUUAGUCACUCGCCGUUUUCAAUACGGAUGCUGCUACCAGAAAAAUGUGCUUUGAUUGUAUAAUUAUUGUCUUUUGGGCGUCAAUUGUGGUUGCACUGCAAGAGAGUAGGCCCGUCGUCCGUAUACCUCAGGGCCCCCUUGUCGGCAUUAAAGUGUACGCCGAUUCGGGUGGAAUUGCAGAUGCUUAUCUUGGUGUGCCCUACGCGACGCCCCCGCUUGGUAAAUUACGUUUUACGGCUCCACAACCACAUGAUGGAUGGAAUUCUACUUAUCAAGCAUUAACUUUUGGUCCUUCGUGCCCGCAAUUGCCGCUACGUGAUGGAAUUAAUGAGAGCGAGAAUUGUUUAUAUCUCAAUAUAUGGACGCCAGAGACGGCGAGAUAUCCGCUGCCGGUCGUUAUUUUCUUUGAUGGAUAUGAGUUCGCCAAAGGUGGCCGUACGCCAAUUUCCGGACAGGAUCUGGCAAUUGAGGACGUAGUGGUAGUCACCGUUAAUUAUAGGCUUAACGUGUUCGGUUUCUUGUGUCUGGAGUCGUCUCAAGUGAGAGGAAAUAUGGGGCUUCUCGAUCAGUACAUGUCCAUGGUAUGGGUGCGUGAAAAUAUUAAGCAUUUUGGAGGAGAUCCAGAUAAGGUCACAAUUUUUGGAUAUUCGGCCGGUGCCGCAAGUGUUGCUUUACAUCUGAUUUCGUCAAGGACCGCGGGAUACUUCCAGCGUGCGAUCCUGUCAUCAGGUUCGGCACUUUCGCCGUGGCAUCUAACGAAGGACGCCAAAUCGGCAUCGUGGAAAAUUGCCCAAAUUCUAGGAUGCUUAAACAAUUAUUAUCACAGCAUGUUGCAGUGCCUACGAUCGAAAAGCACUCAGGACAUUUUAAAAGCUUACGAGGAGUAUUGCGAGUCCGGAAAUGUGACCAGUAUGCUGCUUCCAGUGAUUGAUACUUUUCUUCACGAAAACGACCGAUAUCUUCCUACCCAUCCGGAGCAUGCCUUCAGAAAUGGCACUUUCAAACAAGUUCCUAUAUUAACAGGAAUAACACGGCCUAUCGUCGACAUUCAAUACGUUCAAUGGGCCCAAUCUGCCGGACAAGGUUACAUGCAACUGGAACAGUACAUGGAGCUCUCAAAAAUUCCCGAAAUUACCAAACGUUACCAUCUGAAAGGUAAAAACUACCCUCAAAUUUUGGAGGCGAUAAAAUGGAGAUACAUUACUUCGAGCGACCGAAACGUAAAACUUCUACUUCAACAGCUAAAAAAUCUUGAAUACGAAUCUAAAAUUGAAGCGCCGCACUUCCUGCAGCUACAACAUCUACAGAAGUCCUACACGCAGCCUAUCUACGUCUACGACUUAGAAAAUCCCGGUUUCAUUCUAAACGCCACCGAUGCACCUAUCACCUCCGACUUGCUGCUCUUGUUUAGCCCAUGGUUGCUCAACCAGCUUACGCGUAGGCGGUUAAAUAGUAAAGAAUUUCGCUUCAGUCAGCACGUCAAGCAGCUUUGGAAGAACUUCGUUACUUUCGGGAAUCCUACACCUGGGAACCAAAUCAAUCCGUGGAAGAGGUACAAUUCCAACGAACGGUUUAUUGACCAUCUGAGUAUUGAACAAAGCAAACCUAAUGGUGACGAAAACUUCGCUCUUACGCAAAGAGUUACGUUUUGGAAUCAGCUAUUACCCAAACUGCUUGAGAUACACCAAGAGGACAUGUUGUCGCCAAAGGAGUUGCAAAACUUUUACGUUGUAGGUUCGGGAUAUCGACAUGCAAUGUAUACGUUGGUGGGCCUGGUUAUUGUUUUAUUGGCGUUGUUGCUGAUUUGUAUAUUGUUAAUUAAAAGAAGAGCUAAAGAGAGAAGCAGACAGUUCCAGAUGGUUUACUAGGCUUAAGUAAUUAUACGUGAUGUUGUUAUGUAAAUUAAAAUUUUACGUUCUUUAUGCUCAGGUUCAGACACCUCUAGUCGUAUUUACUUCAUACAUUCGACUACUAAUUAUUUUUCAUCUGCUUGCAGCAACCGGGGCGAAUUUCGCUUUCUCGAAAUGUAAAAAUCACAAUUCUUUCGCCGUAACACAC